AUGGAUAUCACGCGGGGUUCAAGGCGUGCCCGCCAUGUAGCUGCUGCCCAUACCACUCCCAACGCCGCCGCCGCAUCAAGCCCUCAAGGACCUGGAGGUACCAUACCGAACACUUCUUCACCCGCUGGGACUCCCAGCGGUCCUGCUAGACUUCCUCCAGCCCAGGGGGCAUCACCUGCGGCGGCGCUGGUAACCCCUGAUGCCCCUGGUGCGCUGCAUCGGACGCCCGAUCAACCUCCCGAUCAAAGGCGUCGUCGAGCACCUCCUCCGAACCCGUUUCGUCUUUAUAGAACCGUUCCACCAACGUUCGGCACGCUCCCCUCAAGAACAAGAAGCCCCUCAAGCGAGCUCCCCUUCAAGAACUUCCCAUCAAGUGCAACAGUCGUCUCAACCGCCAAGGCGGGUGCACAAACAUCCCUCUCUACUCGACAGGCCAGGAGAAUCUUUCAGCCAUCGCUCAAGAGGCCGACCGCCGCUGUCGAGGAAGUUGUUGAGAACUUGUCUGCCUUCUCGGAGAACGUGCAACAAGAACUCGGACAGGCAAUGGAUCAAAUGGAAAUGGAAAUUAACGACAUGCUAGCUGCUCAGCCCGCUGAUCACCCACGCUUGAGCAUGCCUCUCCUUGACUCUGACGAUUCGGGCUCCGAGCCCGACCUCAGCGUCCUGGGCAUGGCCCGUCCCGGCACCACCGCCGCCCCUCAGAUUCCAAGCCCUUACAAUAACCGAGGCGCCGAGCAAGUCGAAGAUGAGGAGGAAGAGAUUGACGACGACGAGGCCAUGUCUCCCGAGCAGUAUGAGGCCGAAACCACAAGCAUUGAGGAGGAAGAUGAGCCCGCCGAGGACGAAGACGUUGAGGAAGUUGCCCAUCUCAUCGACCCAGCCACCGCUGGCCUCAAGGAAAUCUCCAACCUUGCUCGCUUCACCGUCAGCAGCCACAAGCCCGGCAACGGCGUUGAAGAACUCAAGAGCGAUGACCUCAAGAUGUACUGGCAGUCCGACGGCCCUCAGCCACACAAGCUCACAAUGUACUUUACCCGCCGCGUCGACAUCCGCGACAUUCGCUUCUACGUGGACUACAACGAAGACGAGUCAUACACCCCAACCAAGGUGGUCUUCAAGGCCGGCACCGGCGAGAACAACCUCAUCGAGUUCGCCACAAUGGCCCUCGACAACCCCGUCGGCUGGCAGCAGGUCCCUGUCGCUGGUGCUGGCGGCGACCCUGACGGAAACACCCUCGUCGCCUGGGUCCUGCAGAUGCAGAUCCUCGAGAACCACCAGAACGGAAAGGACACGCACCUCCGCGGCAUCAAGAUUUACUCCUUCGACAACGAAUCCGCCCUCGCUCCCGGCCGCGAUGGAAACCCCGUCAGCGACGCCGUCGGCCUCGUUGAUGGCGCCAUUCGCCGUGCUGAAGGAGACGCUGGACGGGUCAGAGUCAGCAGUGUGCAGAGAGAUCCAGCUCAGUAUGAGCCCGGCGCCGGAGGACUGUCUAUCCCUGACUUCAUGCGCGAUCCCGAGAUUCGUUGA